GUGUAGGUCUAGUCUCCUGAAUUGAACCCAGAGAAGAAGAAAAAUGGAGACGGCGAAGAGGAAAUUGAGCUAAAACGAAUAUAUUUUAGGCUACAAUGUCGUUUGUCCUACACUUCAAAUGACGGGUGUUACAUUGUUUCUCAUGUUCCUCCUAAACUUAGGCAUACUUACUUUUCCCGAUGUAGCUCGUUGUAGUGGCGUUUGGCAAACUAUCAGGAAGUCCAACUGCUCUGCAGACACUGAUGUUGAUUUUGAGUCGUUUAGGAAACAAUUUCAUCGGAAUUAUAAACUCCACAGCGAUUGUUAUCAUCGGCGCAGAUCGUAUUUUAAGAAUUCCAUCAAAAGGCAUGCAUACCUGAACUCAUUGUCAACAGACAAAGACUCCGCAAAAUAUGGCAUCAACCAGUUCUCGGAUUUAUCAAUAAAUGAAUUCAGAGACCUGUAUUUGACUGCCACAGCUGAAACAGUCCCUCCCUACUCAGGACUGAAGACAGAGGGACUGCCUGCCAAGUUUGACUGGAGGGACCAGUCUGCAGUCGGAUCAGUACAGAAUCAACAAGCAUGUGGAGGUUGCUGGGCGUUCAGUGUUGUGGGCGCCAUAGAGUCGGUCUAUGCCAAAUCAGGCCAGCCAUUGAAACAGCUCAGUGUGCAACAAGUCAUUGACUGUUCCUACAAGAACCAGGGCUGCAAUGGAGGCUCCAUUACCAGGGCCUUGAGCUGGCUGAAACAGACUCGGGUUAAGUUGGUGAAACAGUCAGAAUACCCAUAUAAGGCCGAGACUGGAAUUUGCCAUUUAUUUUCUCAGUCACAUGAUGGUGUUUUGGUGAAGGACUUUGCUGCCCAUGAUUUCAGUGGGCUUGAGGAGGCUAUGAUGGGCAGGUUGGUGGAGUGGGGACCCUUGGCUGUGACUGUGGAUGCCAUCAGUUGGCAGGACUAUCUGGGUGGCAUCAUGCAGCACCACUGCUCCUGCCACCAUGCCAACCAUGCUGUGCUGGUCACUGGUUACGACACCACAGGUGACGUGCCAUACUGGAUAGUACAAAACUCAUGGGGAACGUCAUGGGGUAACGAAGGUUAUGUUUACAUUAAAAUGGGAGGCAAUGUUUGUGAACAGCGCAAACUGGCUCUAACCAGAAUAGAAAAGAGUGGGAGGCCACGGUGGACAACUGAGCAAGAGGACAAGUACAUUAGAGUGUCUAAUUUGAGAAACAGAUGCCUCACAAGUCCUCAACUGGCAGCUUCAUUAGUAGUAAUAGUACCCACAAAACACCAGUCUCGACGUCAACAGUGAAGAGGCGACUCUGGGAUGCUGGCCUUCUAGGCAGAGUUGCAAAGGAAAAAGCCACAUCUCAGACUGACCAAUAAAAAGAAAAGAUUAAAAUGGGCAAAAGAACACAGACACUGGACAGAGGAACAUCCCGGAGUCGCCUUUUCACUGCUGAUGUUGAGACUGGUGUUUUGUGGGUACUAUUUAAUGAAGCUGAGUUUAAUGCAUUUGAGCCAAUCAGUUGUAUUGUGACGACAAGGUAGUGGUGGUAUAGAGAAGAUCAAGUCCAUAUUAUGGCAAGAACAGCUCAAAUAAGCAAAGAGAAAUGACAGUCCAUCAUUGCUUUAGGACAUGAAGGUCAAUCAAUCUGGACAAUUUCAAGAACUUUUAAAGUUUUCAAGUGCAGUCGCAAAAACCAUCAAGGGCAAAUGAAACUGUCUCUCAUGAGGACUGCCACAGGAAUGGAAGACCCAGAGUUUAUUAGAGUUACCAGCCUCAAAUUGCAGCCCAAAUAAAUGCUUCAAAGACUUUGAUGUAACAGACACAUCUCAACAUCAACUGUUCAGAGGAGACUGCCUGACUCAGGCCUUCAUGGUCGAAUUGCUGCAAAGAAACCACUACUAAAGGACACCAAUAAUAAGAAGAGACUUGCUUCGGCCAAGAAAUAUGAGCAAUGGACAUUAGACUGGUGGAAAUCUGUCCUUUCGUCUGAUUCCAAAUGUGAGAUUUUUGGUUCCAACCGUUGUCUUUGUGAGACUCCGAGUAGGUGAACAGAUGAUCUCCGCAUGUGUGGUUCCCACCGUGAAGCAUGGAGGGGAGUUGUGGGGAUGCUUUGCUGGUGACACUGUCUGUGAUUUAUUUAGAAUUCAAGGCCCACUUAACCAGCAUGGCUACCACAGAAUUUUGCAGCGAUACGCCAUCCUAUCUUGUUUGCGCUCGUGGGACGAUCAUUUGUUUUUCAACAGGACAAUGACCCAACACACCUCAAGUAUAUAUAUAUAUAU